AGCCCGCAGUGACAGGGUCGCUUUGUUUCUUCUCGCGAUCUUUCCUUCCCCCUCCCCCUCCUUCGGUCGUUGCAUCUCUCCGGUCAUGGCUGCUCUCCGUAGCCUCCUCCGGGCUCUCCGUGUUCGGCUCGCCUCCCCCAGGGGCUCCCCCGCCAUGCUGCUGUUGUCCGGGGCGGCAGGGGCAGGCCUGGCACUGUCGUGUUAUGCCGCCUAUCGGGACGGUCGCGUUCAGCACUGGGGAGAGCGACCCUAUCGCGACAUAGUGCGGGUGGCGGCGGCGGAGGAGGGGGGCUCCUGGGCUCGGAGGGGGAUCCUGGUGCCUGUCAGCGCUGCCAAGGAAACGAGCCCACCAGACAGACCCGACUUGGAAGAUCUAGACAUGUUUGCCAGCUCCCGAGAACAGCGCUUCCGUGUGUUUGCCUCACUAGAAUAUGAAGGACAGUUAUAUAUGACCCCAAGGGAUUUCCUAGAAUCAGUUACUACAGAUGAACCGAAAAGUCCUAAGAAGUGGAGAACACUUUCCAAACAAGACUUGAAUAAUUUGCUACUAGACACUCCACCAGUAUGGAAGGGAUCAUCUAAGUUUUUCAGGACACUUGGAGAGAAAGGAAUGGUAUCCUACACCGAGUAUCUCUUCCUCCUCUGCCUGCUAACAAAACCGCAUGCGGGUUUCAAGAUUGCAUUUAAUAUGUUUGACACAGAUGGAAAUCAGAUGGUGGACAGAGAAGAAUUUUUGGUGUUACAAGAAAUUUUCAGAAAGAAAAAUGAAAAGAAGGAACGUAAAGGAGAAGAAGAGAAGUGUGCACAAUUGCGUCUACAACUUUAUGGAUACCUUGCAACAACUAACGGUGUACGUAGAACAGAUUUAGAAGAAUACAAUGCCUCCAGGAGCUAUUGGGACACACUGAGGCGUAGCACAAGCCAAGCUCUCUUUUCGGACCUUGCUGAGGGCAUGGAUGAGCUUUCCAGUUCAAUGAUACAUACCACACUUCUUGUGCAUUUGUUUGGGAAGAAAGGGAAAAUUGAGCUCAACUUUGAUGAUUUUUACAGAUUCAUGGAUAACCUUCAGACCGAGGUACUUGAGAUCGAGUUCCUGUCUUAUUCUAAAGGCAUGAACACAAUCAGUGAAGAAGACUUUGCCCACAUUCUCUUACGCUACACAAAUGUGGAAAACACAUCUAGUUACUUGGAGAGUGUUCGUGUACGGAUCCCAGAAGAAAAGGGAAUCACGUUUGAUGACUUUAGAUCCUUCUUCCAGUUUCUAAACAAUCUAGAAGAUUUUGCCAUUGCAAUGCAAAUGUACAACUUUGCAAGUCGAUCGAUCGGCCAAGAUGAGUUCAAGCGUGCCGUAUAUGUAGCUACAGGCCUGAAGCUGUCUCCUCACUUGGUGAACACUGUGUUCAAGAUCUUUGAUGUUGACAGAGAUGAUCAAUUAAGCUAUAAAGAAUUUAUUGGCAUUAUGAAAGACCGUCUGCACCGAGGGUUCAGGGGUUACAAAACUGAGCAAAAAUAUACCACUUUCCGAGCCUGUCUGAAGAAACAGCUCAAUAGUAGAUAAGAGAAGUCGAAGCACGGACUGAAGGACUACUACACGUGUGUGACAUCUGUCACCAGGCAACACUUCCGAGAGUUAUUCCGGAGUUUUCG